AUGAACCAAAUUAGCGAGAAAAACAAAUCUUUUGAAGAGAAGGAGAAGAAGAAAAUCCACUGUGCCAUCCCGAAAUUUAUAUUGAACAAUGAGCUGCUGCAAAAGGCUAUAAAAAAGAGCUUCCCAGAAAAUUACAAUUUCGAAAUAUACAAAUGCAUUGACAUUAUCCUAAGGGAAAAAUUUAAGAACAUCGUGCUGCAGUUACCCGAGGGAUUGCUAAUUUGGGGAUUGUAUAUUUCGGAGAUUUUAUACUUUUUUUGUGACUGUGUGGAAGACGUUAUUAUCCUGGGAGAUGUCACCUAUGGUGGAUGUUGCAUUGAUGAUUACACAGGAGAGAAGCUCAACUGUGAUUUGAUCAUUCAUUAUGGACAUUCCUGUUUGGUUCCUUUGACUGUGACAAGAAUACGAUGUAUUUACGUAUUCGUGGAUAUAAAAUUAAACACUUCCCAUCUGGUGGAGACGAUAAAAAAGAAUUUCAACAAAAGUGACAUUGUUUUACUCCUUGGCACAAUACAAUUUUCCUGCCUUGUACACAAUGUGCAUAGCAUUUUAAAGAAAGAAAAUCAUUUUGACCUUUUUCUGCCCAUCCCACAAGUGCUUCCCCUGACCAAGGGAGAGGUACUCGGGUGCACUUCCCCCAAUUUGUAUCGCUUUCUCUAUGAGCACCUUGUGAGGGAAGCAGAAGGGGGGAGGGGGGUUGUGGAGAAGGAGGAGUCCAGUCAAAAUCACCGCUCAUCAGGCGAGGCAGCACAAGCGGAGAAAUACCCCUCUGGAGCUAUCCCCCCAAAGGAUAACAAUGACAAUCAUCACAGUGAAGCAUUCAUCAUGAACGAGUGCAGACGAUUUUUACAGAAAAAUCAAGUCAAAAUUGUCUUCAUAGCAGAUGGGAGGUUUCAUUUGGAAAGCUUGAUGAUACACAACCCCGAUUUUUCCUUUUACCGAUACAAUCCAUUUAACAAAAUAAUGACGACGGAAAAAUAUAACUACAGCCUUUUUCACGAAAUACGAAAAAAUGAAAUAAAAAAAUGCUCCAACUGCAAAAGUGUGUGCAUUAUUUUAAGUACUUUGGGAAGACAGGGAAAUGUCAACAUUUUACAAAACAUUUUAAAUCUUGUCAAACAAAAAAAUAUUUUCUUUUUUAUCCUUUUAUUGUCCGAAAUAUUUAAUGAAAAAUUAGCUUUAUUCAAAAAUGUCGAUGUUUUUAUACAAAUCGGCUGCCCAAGGUUAUCCAUCGACUGGGGCAAUUACAACUCGAAACCUCUCUUAAAUAGUUAUGAAGCGUAUGUUUUUUUGCAGGCAGUUACAUAUAGAGAGAUAUACCCCAUGGACUACUACGCCAACUUGGGCAAUGUGUGGAGCAACUACAAUGCUGGGAUUGGCGACACGACUGAGAAAAACCUAUCCAUACGGGAGAUUAUCCGUCGGCGCAUUCAGCUUCGCAAAAGCAAAAUUAGCAUUCGAUAUCAGUAG